GCCACAACAGCCAAUGGCGACCGAGUUUGUUGCGUAGAGCCAAUCAGCUGUCUCUUAACGUGAAGCACUCGCCUUGCCGGGUGACUAUUAGGUUUAAUGGCUGCUUGCUGUGCUGCUUGCCGUUCGUGGCUGAGAUGGAGGACGAAGUCGGUGGGGAGUGCUGUGAUAGCAGCCACCCGCGAAGUAGGCCCUGCGGGUUUUCGGCUGAGGGGGCCCGGCUGCCUUCCCCUUAUGCGGCUGAGUUCGACCACAGGUUUUAAUAGCUCUCCUGCCACCUCUAUAGCGACGACUGUGGAUGUUGGAAGCAAGAAAUUGGAAAUAUCUUCAGGAAAACUAGCCAGAUUUGCUGAUGGUUGUGCUGUGGUUAAGUUAGGUGAUACAACAGUGAUGGUGACAGCAGUCAGUAAAACAAAAGCUUCUCAAUCUCAGUUCCUGCCUUUGGUGGUUGACUAUCGGCAAAAGGGUGCUGCUGUAGGAAGAAUACCUACCAAUUACUUGAGAAGAGAACUGCGUACUACAGAUCAUGAAAUUCUUACAAGCAGAUUAAUAGAUCGAUCAAUUCGACCACUUUUUCCAGCAGGCUACUAUUAUGAUACACAGAUCAUUUGUAAUCUUUUAGCUGUAGAUGAUGCCUACAGUCCUGAGGUGCAGGCAAUUAAUGCAGCUUCUGCAGCUCUUGCAUUAUCAGACAUUCCAUGGAAUGGACCUAUUGGAGCUGUAAGAGUUGGAAUGAUUGAUGGAGAAGUUGUUAUUAAUCCCACUCGAAAAGAAAUGUCUUCUAGUACUUUGAAUUUAGUGGUUUCUGGAGCCCCUCGAAACCAUAUUGUUAUGUUGGAAGCUGCAGCAGACAACAUCCUUCAACAAGAUUUCUGCCAUGCCAUCAAAGUAGGUUUGAAGCAUACCCAGCAAAUCAUUCAAGGCAUACAGCAGCUGGAAAGAGAGCAAGGAGUCAAAAAGAGAACUGACCAUAAGUUAUUGACUGCCCCUGAGGAGAUUGUAAAAUAUGCACAACAACUUGCAUCUGAAAAAGUCACAGCAGAAUUUUCAGACUUCACACAUGAUAAAAUUUCAAGAGAUGAAGCUAUCAACAAAAUCAGGCUUGAAACAGAAGAACAGCUAAAAGAAAAGUUUCCGGAGGCUGGUUCUUAUGAAAUCACAGAAUCAUUUAAUGUUGUUUCCAAGGAAAUCUUUAGAAAUCUUAUCAUAAAUGAAUACCGAAGAUGUGAUGGUAGAGAUUUCAAUACACUUAGAAAUAUCAGUUGUGAAGUGGACUUGUUUAAAACUUUGCAUGGUUCAGCUUUAUUUCAAAGGGGACAAACACAGGUCCUCUGUACAGUUACAUUUGAUUCAUUAGAAUCAAGUAUAAAAUCUGACCUUAUCACUACAGUUGCCAGUGGGAUAAAAGAAAAAAACUUUAUGCUUCAUUAUGAGUUCCCUCCAUAUGCAACUAAUGAGAUUGGCAGAGUUUCAGGUAUAAAUAGGAGAGAACUUGGUCAUGGCGCACUUGCAGAGAAGGCUUUGAAAUCGGUGAUUCCAAGUAAAUUCCCUUUCACAAUAAGAGUUACUGCAGAAGUAUUAGAAUCAAAUGGUUCAUCCUCAAUGGCUUCUGUUUGUGGUGGGAGUCUAGCCUUGAUGGAUGCAGGAGUUCCCAUAUCAUCCCCUGUAGCAGGUGUUGCUGUUGGUUUGAUUACCAAGCCAAAUCCUGAAAAAAUUGGAGAGAUUGAAAAUUAUUGCUUAUUAACAGACAUUCUGGGAAUAGAGGAUUAUAAUGGUGAUAUGGACUUCAAGAUGGCUGGAACAAAUAAAGGAAUUACUGCCUUACAGGCUGAUAUCAAGAUUCCAGGAAUACCCUUAAAAAUUGUAAUGGAAGCUAUUCAACAAGCUACAGUUGCAAAGAAAGAGAUCUUGCAAAUAAUGAACAAAGUAAUUGCAAAACCUAGACCAAGCAGAAAAGAGAAUGGACCACUUACAGAAACUAUUCAGGUACCAUUGGCAAAAAGAGCAAGAUUUCUUGGACCAGGAGGUUAUAAUUUAAAGAAACUUCAAGCUGAAACAGGGGUAACUGUUAGCCAAGUAGAUGAAGAUACUUUUUCCAUAUUUGCUCCAGUACCAGAAGCUAUGUAUGAAGCAAAAGAAUUUAUUAAUGAAAUAUGCAAAGAUGAUCAAGACUAUCAGUUGGAAUUUGGAGCUAUUUAUACAGCAACAAUAACUGAAUUAAGAGAUGCUGGGGUGAUGGUAAAAUUAUACCCAAACAUGAGUCCUGUUCUACUUCACAAUUCGCAGUUGGAUCAAAGAAAGAUUAAGCAUCCUAGUGCUAUUGGAUUACAAAUCGGUCAAGAAAUCCAGGUGAAAUACUUUGGACGUGAUCCAACUGAUGGAAGAAUGAGGCUUUCACGAAAAGUACUUCAGGCUCCAGCUACAUCUGUUGUUAAAACACUGAAUGACAAAAGUAUACUAAUAGGAAAUUCAGUUCAUGAGUCUGCCAAUUCAGCAUAGCACAAAAAUCCUUCUGAAGGAGUAGAACUGUUCUCUUUGAUAGAGACUGAGUAAUUACUGGUAACAUAUAUAGGUUUCUAUAUGCCCAUAUAUAUGUUAAAUUUCAUAAAAAUAUGAUUGAAUACGAGGUCAUUUUCCCUUGUGUUUAAUGCCUUUGGAGUUCAUUUAAAAAAUAAGAAUUCAUAGUCCUUUGUACAUUGUCUAAAAGUUGACAGACAUUUUCAAAUGACUAGAAUGACUGUUUCCAGAAGUAUACAUACCAUCUAAAUAUUUAUUUAAAACCUUAUUUCUAGGCUAACGAGACAUUUCACACACAUAAGCUGUUUUCCUAUAUAUGUAUAAAUCUGUAUUAUUACAUUUAUGUAAUAUAUGUUCCCAGAAAUAAUUUUAAUGGAAGAACAAUCAUGUUGAAGAAGAUGCUUCCAAACAUACAAAUGCAACACCUGCCUGUAACACAUUUUUGAAUGUUUGCUUUUUCUAAUCCCAGGAAAGUACAUUAUCUCAAACUGUGAAUCUUAACAAGCAAAUAAAAGUGGUUAGCAGCUGUUAUUGACAAUAAAUACUUUUUUGUGGAAUUAUAGAAUCUACAAAUACUUUUAAAAUGGAAAAUACCUUCAUUCUAUGUAGUUUAUCUUUGGUUCUAUCACCACAAGAAAAAUUAUUUGAUAUUACGUGCCAUCAAUUUCAACUGUUAUCUACUACAUAGAUAUUCUCCAAUCACAAUCUGUUCCUAAAAUGAUCCUCAUCUUCUCUUUCCUACCAUUUUUCCCAACUUUAGAGCCUUUGCCAGAGAGUUGAGUGUUUCCAUGUGAAGUAAGAUAAUUUGAGCCUUGUCAUUUGUACCAAGUGGAUUAUCUCAAUAUAAUUCAGUAUAAGGAGAUAAAAAACAAAUGCCAAAAUCUUACAAAAAAUCCAAUGUGUACAUAUAAUUUUUAUUAUGUAAUAUUUCAUUAAUGAGGGGUUGAAGGAAUAUAAAUGUAAUAUGAAUAUGCAGACUUUUAUUUUGCUAUUUUGAUCUAUUAAAGAUAUGUAAAUUUGUUUA